AUGUCUUUUGAACGGGCAGAUAUUUAUAGCACCUCGGUGCUGCCUGGUGAAACUGCCAGUGACGACCAGUUUAGCGAGGUCAUCAAGGCGUUCAAACGGUUUAUUCUCGAGUUUAGAGUCGACAACCAGUUCAUCUACAGAGAUCAGCUCAGAGAAAAUAUCCUUGUUAAACAGUACCAGCUCACGGUCCACAAUGAGCAUCUAAUUAGCUACAAUGACGAACUCAACAAGAAACUGAUGGACGACCCGUCGGAAAUGGUCCCCUUGUUCGAAAGGGCGAUCACCGAAAUCGCAAGAAGGAUAAUCUUCAUCUCCCACGAGGAAACCCCCGCCAGUUUCCCCACCUGCCAGCUGAUUCUGCUCUCCAACGACAACAAGCUCUCGAUCAGGAACCUGGACUCCGAACACAUCUCGAAAAUCGUCAAGAUCUCCGGAAUCGUCAUCUCGGCGUCCACCCUUCACUCCAAAGCCACCGACGUCACUUUGAUGUGUCGCUCGUGCAGACACACGAUGAAAAUGAAGGUGGGCUCCUCGUUCGGCGCCAUACAGACGCCCAAGUCGUGUCAGAGCGCUCAGCAACCUAAUGGAGAGAGAAAUCAGUGUCCUCCUGACCCCUACAUCAUUGUCCACGACAAGUCCGUGUUCAUCGACCAACAGGUGCUCAAGCUCCAGGAGACAACCGACAUGGUGCCGAUCGGAGAGAUGCCUAGACACAUCUUGCUGAGCGUGGACAGAAACCUGUGCAAUCGGGUCAUUCCAGGCACGCGUUGCGACGUGGUUGGAAUCUACUCAAUCUAUCAGGCCAAGGUCCGUAACGGGCCUUCUGCCAACAACGUCGCCAUCAGAAACCCGUACAUGAACGUUUUGGGCAUCCAGACGGACCGCGACGCCGAGACCGGUGGUCUCAACUCUGUGUUCUCUGAGGAGGAGGAGGAAGAGUUUCUGUCGCUGGCACGGUCGGAAAACCUGUACGAGCGGUUCUCGAACUCUAUUGCGCCGUCGAUUUACGGCAACGCCGACAUCAAGAAGGCCAUUGUGUGUCUGCUGAUGGGUGGAUCGAAGAAGAUCCUGCCGGACGGCAUGCGUCUCAGAGGAGACAUCAACGUGUUGCUGCUGGGAGACCCCGGCACGGCCAAGUCGCAGCUGCUCAAGUUUGUCGAGAAAGUGUCGCCGAUCUCGCUGUACACGUCCGGUAAAGGAUCGUCUGCGGCUGGUCUGACAGCGUCAGUGCAGCGGGACCCAACAACGAGAGACUUUUAUCUGGAAGGAGGAGCGAUGGUGCUUGCGGACGGAGGUGUGGUGUGCAUCGACGAGUUCGACAAGAUGCGCGACGAGGACCGUGUGGCGAUCCACGAGGCCAUGGAGCAGCAGACGAUUUCGAUUGCCAAGGCGGGCAUCACGACGGUGCUGAACUCGAGGACGUCGGUGCUGGCGGCGGCGAACCCGAUAUUUGGCCGCUACGACGACAUGAAGUCGCCCGGUGAGAACAUCGAUUUCCAAACGACCAUUCUAUCGCGUUUCGACAUGAUCUUCAUCGUCAAGGACGAGCACAACCAGCAGCGCGACGAGGCCAUUGCGCAUCACGUGAUGAACAUCCACACGAACGGCGGGUCUGCCGAGAUGCAGGUCGAGGGCGAGAUCCCGCUGGACAAGAUGAAGCGGUACAUCCAGUACUGCAAGGUGAAGUGUGCGCCGCGGCUGUCGUACGAGGCGAGCGAGAUGCUGUCGUCGCACUUUGUCGGGAUCCGGAAAGAGGUGAAAAACAAGGAGUCGCACUCGACCGAGCGGUCGUCGAUCCCGAUCACCAUCCGGCAGCUCGAGGCCAUUAUCCGGAUCACCGAGGCGCUGGCCAAGCUGGAGCUGGCGCCUGUCGCUACAGAGAGACACGUCGAGGAGGCGAUCCGGCUGUUCAACGCGUCCACGAUGGACGCCGUCCACGAGGGCAACUCCGACAACGCGCAGAUCACGUCGGAGAUCCACAAGAUCGAGAGCGAGAUCAAGCGCAGACUCCCGCUUGGCUGGUCCACGUCGUACGCGACGCUCAGAAGACAGUUUGUUGAGAAGGGCAGCUACUCGCUGGCCGCGCUAGAAAAGGCUCUGAGCAUUCUGGAGCGCAAGGAGACCAUCCAGCUGCGACACCAGCGGUCCAACGUGUUUAGAUGCGGUGUAUAG